AUGGCUCAACGAGAAUCCGGCAAUACAGAGAACCAAAGUGAACCGGUACAGGACUUUCACGACCCCGAUCAUGAGUUCUCGCUACCUCCGGUCGAUGGUGGCAAGCAGGCCUGGUGCUUUCUAGCGGCGGCCUUUUGUGUUGACGCACUUAUUUGGGGAUUCCCUCUCACUUUCGGCGUGUUCCAGAAUUACUACAGCACCCACGCGCCUUUCGCUGGUGCGAACAACAUCGCCGUCAUCGGCACCUGUGCCACAGGAGUCAUGUACUUUACUGCUCCCCUCAUCAUCUUUGCCCUCCGCAUUGUUCCGUGGUACACUCGGUGGGCACCCACAGUCGGUCUCGUCAUCGCCUGCUUCGCCCUUGCCAUGUCGUCCUUCUCGACCAAGGUGCCGCAUCUGAUUGUCACCCAGGGCAUCUUAUACGGCCUUGGCGGCUCUAUUGCAUAUAUCCCAUGCAUAAUCUACGCCGAUGGGUGGUUCGUCCGGCGGAAGGGAUUCGCAUAUGGCGUUAUGUGGUCUGGUACCAGUCUUGCUGGCAUCGUCCUCCCAAUGCUGCUGGAAGCCCUCCUCGGCCGUUUUGGCCACAAGACAACCUUUCGCAUAUGGUCUGCCGUUCUCUUCACUUUGGCUGCACCAAUUUCCUACUUUAUAAAGCCGCGCAUCUCGCCGACGAGCGCACCUGGCUCGGGCUUAGCCAUCCGCAAUCCCCUUUCCAACUUUCGCUUCGUGUUUACUGGUGCAUUUGCCCUCUUCCAGUUAGCCAACGUUGUUGAGGCGCUUGGCUAUUUUCUUCCAGGUAUUUAUCUCCCCUCAUAUGCGCAGAGUUUCCUUGGUGUGUCCUCAUUUCCCGCUGCCGCGACCUUGCUCUUCUGUAACGUCGCCAGCGCCGCUGGCAGUAUUGUUAUGGGUUGGCUUGUCGACCGCCUUUCCGCACCGUCGUGUCUGCUCCUAUCUUCCGUUGGCGCUGCGGUUGGUUCCUUGGUUCUAUGGGGUUUGUCCGCUAGCCUACCAGUACUUUAUACCUUCUGCAUUGUAUACGGACUGUUUGCUGGGUCGUAUUCAUCUGCGUGGGCUGGAAUCAUGAUCAAUAUUGCAGAUCGCGAGCGAAGAAAGGGCCGUGGCGUGGAUUCCAGCUUAGUCUUCGGGUGCUUGUGUGCUGGUAGAGGAAUCGGCAACAUGCUUUCUGGUCCCUUGAGCCAAGCUUUGAUCAAGGACCAGCCAUGGAAUGGCAGUGCUGGAUUUGGCUAUGGGAGUGGGUAUGGACCGUUGAUGGUGUUUACGGGUGUUACGGCUAUUCUUGGAGGGAGUUCCUUUGUAUGGAAGCGGAUUGGGUGGCUCGCCACGCCGUGA